AUGACUCACGCGCCGCAGCUAGCGACUCUUGAGGGGCUUACUGCCGUUGUUUCUCAGCUAGCUAUCUCCGUCCAACAACUCGCCGAGGUGCAAUGCAAACCAAUACAAGUCACCUCAACUCCUGACACCGCUGCAGCCCUGCCCAAGUUUUCUGGGGGAAAACUUGACGACCCGGAAACACGGACCAACGAGGUCGAGCGCGUCGCAGCACAGGCAAAUUGGUCGCCGAACCUUACACUUUUGAACGCAGUUUCAAGACUCUAUGGGCUUGCUGCUAAUUGGCAGAAAACGUGCGGAAAACAACUCAGCGACUGGGCGGUGUGGAAAUCUCCUUUCCUCGAACGUUUCAAGCGCCGCCUUUCAAUGAAGGAUGUUAUCGACAUUCAGGCAAAGAGGACGCUCAGACGCAAUGAGACAAUUGUACAAUACAUUUUUGAGAAGGACGCAUUACUAGAAAUGUCGCCACACCCGCUCACAGCUGAGGAACGCAUAUCCAUGAUAAUUGGAGACAUUAAGGACAACGUGUGGGCAAUCCCCCUUGCGUCCCACACGUAUUCAUCUGUAACACACCUCGUUGACCGAGCAGCUUCACUGGACUCAAUUCGGCAAGUUGAUCAACAAGAAGGCAAGCCAGAGAUUACACGCAAUCAAAAUCGUCCGCAACCAUCACGUUCCAGCCAAACGACGCACGCACCCUAUCUACAGAAGUAUAAUCCUACUUUUGGCGAUCGCCCUGAAGAUCUUUCUUGUUGGAGAUGCGGCAAAAGAGGACACGUUUCCUACCAGUGCCAUCUUCCAGCUCCGCAGCCAGGCACUGCAAUAGUCGCAACGCCAGACAUACAAAGAGAAUCUCCACGACACCCGCCACAGCGUUACAACAAAGACAGAGACGACACACACGACAUCAACAGCAGCAAUCAGCAGUCCAAGACACCACCGCAGUCAAAGACGGCUUUUCAGCGUCAGCCACACCGCGAAACAAAAGAGACUUCGAAACAACCAAACUCCAACGUAGUGAACUGUGUUUUCGCAGACUGUGCUCAUAUGCCUAUUGUGAACGCCAUCAUCAACGGCUCAACGACUAUCGAUGCUCUCUGUGACCCUGGAUCACAAGUGACACUAAUUCGUGGAUGCAUGGCCCCAUCAGAAAUCCCUAUACAUGAGUGGCAGAAUGGGCCAUUGGAAACAGCCGGAGGCAACACUACGCCAUCGGGAUGGAUAACGCUCCGCAUCCAGGUCGGAAACAUUGACUACGUCACGCCAAGUGUCGGACUGUGUAAAAAACUACCUGUCGCGCUUAUUCUAGGAAACGACUGGAAGUCGUUUGUUCACGCUCGCUACAUCUUUGAACCAGACGGCACAAAGCCAACGCAAUUUUAUCGUCUCAGGAUUGUUCACCUCAACCGACUUCACGAGCAAACCACAUAUAUGGACAUGUCUAUUCGUAACAAAGUUUCCAUUUCAAAGUCUCUGCCAAGUGAAGAAGAGGUGCAAGUAGGUUCGCUAGUCGACGAAUUUGCGGACAUUUUCUCACUAACGACAAACGUAGGCUACUGUCCAUAUGUCGAGCUGGACAUCAACCUCUCCCACGAUCGACCAGUUCGAUGCCAACCGUAUCGCCUAUCACAACCUGACCGCCAGUUCUCCUCUGACCAAGUCAACACCUGGAGACAGCAAGGCAUCUGUCGUCCUUCGACAUCUGCUUAUGCAUCACUAGCCUUCAUCGUAGAACAACCAUUUCACGAAACCACUCCGAGACGUCUAGUUGUUGACUACUCCCGCACCAUAAAUCCAAUCACCAUUGCUGACCCACAGCCCGUGGACUGCAUGGAUGACGUACUCUCAACAAUCGCUGGAUGCCGCUUUAUGUCUAACAUGGACAUCAAAAACGCCUUCUUCACCAUCAAAGUCAAAGAAGAAGAUGUGCACAAAACCGCCUUCGUCACACAGGACCAUCAUGAUGAAUUCUUACGAAUGCCUUUUGGAUUAAAGAACGGUCCACCAACUAUGACGAGAGCUAUAAAAAUGGCUUAUGCACACCUCCGCAAGUUAGGAGUUGUAACCUAUGUAGACGACAUCGCCUGUGCGCACGACAGUUUCGAACAGCACAUCCACUGCCUCCAUGAGAUUUUCCUCGCUACUCGUACCAUGGGUUUCACCCUCUCACCAGGCAAAUGCAUAUUUGCAUCGUCAACCAUAAACCUGCUAGGAAGGAUCAUCACGCCCUAG